AUGUUUUAUUCUUUACCAACGGAAAUCAAACUUGAUAUCUUUAAAUGUCUCAAUUAUGAAAAAUUAUAUUUAGCCAAACAAACGAAUUUAUAUUUUCGAGAUUUUAUUAAUAAUUUUGAAGAGGAACUUGCUCGAGAGAGAUUUGAUAGCAUUUCUAUUGGGUAUAUCAGUCAAUUCAGUGGAUUUCCUCUUAAAUUAAUUAAAGCUAAAGAAAAUUUUGACUUUGACUUUUUUGCAAAGCAAUAUAAAAUAAUAAAUGAACAAAUUGAACAAAAGUGGAGCAAUGGACUACAAGAUCCGAUUCAUUUGUAUUUGCCUGAUGGAAGAUUAACAGAUUCCAGUAUUGUCAUUUGUUUAGCUAGAGUUCACUACAAUAUACUUCAAUUACCAACGAUUAUUAAAACCAAAGAGGACAUUAAAAUUGUUUUUUAUUAUUUAUGUCGACUGUUUAACUGUUAUUUUGGUUAUGCCAACUUUGAUGAAUUCAUAUUCAAUCCAGAAUUGCUCCAAUUAUUAUUUGGAAAUACUAAAAUUCCCAAGCAAAUUUAUCUUAUGCGUGAUGCGUUUCUAAAGCAUUCUAAGGCCUACAAUAGCGAAAAGUUAUUAAAAUUUGUCGUGAAUCAUUUAAUUUGCAAAUCUUAUCGAAUCUAUUUUUCUCUUGAAAACAAUACUAAAGAAUAUGUAGAUAUUUUACACAAAAUUUUAAUUAAUGGAGACAAGCUUAGAAAUGUCAAUAUAAUGUGCAGUUAUAGUAUGCCAGAACUUUUUGAUUUUGUUAUAAAUUAUAUCAAAACGUCAAAAUAUUGUUCAAAGAUGGUUGAUAAAAUUGAAUUGGAUAAAAUUGGGAGUAGUUUUGAUAGUUUAAAUGCGAAAGCUGAAAAGGUUGAAGAGGCAAGUGAACGUCGGGGCAAACCGAAAUACCAAAUUUCCAACAUUUAUAAUCCACAAAUUAAAUUCUCUAUUGGAUGUAGGGUAUUUUCAAGCAAUGGCGUUAAAUUUAAACGAAUUUAUUGUUAA